GGCGGAGGAGCCUGGGGGCGGGGCCCGUGGCAGCCAGUCCCCGGCCCUGCGCAUCCGGACGCGGGGUGCCGAGCGCGAUGUCUUCCGCUGACCAGGAGCGAGCCGAGACGCGGGCCGGACACCCCCCUGCCGUGAAAGCUGGUGGGAUGAGGAUUGUGCAGAAACACCCGCACACCCCAGAUGCCAAAGAGGAGAAAGAUAAGGAUGACCAAGAAUGGGAGAGCAGCAGAGCUUGCAGUUUCUGCGCUAAAGAAUCCACCUCAAGUGACACGGGCACACUAGGAGGGGACUGCUCUGCCCCCAGAAUUGUCCAGGGGAUACCUGCUACUUGCAACUCUUUGGGCACUUUAUCAAGAUCUGCUUCCCUGGACCCACCUAAACCAACGGUGUUCAUCUCCGGUGUCAUUGCAAGAGGUGAUAAAGACUUCCCUCCAGCUGCAGCUCAGGUGGCUCACCAAAAACCUCAUCCCUCUGUGGAAAAGCUUCCUCAUCCACAACAUGUCAAUCAGCACAUCAACCAGCCUCGCAAGUGAACCCUCUGUCAAAAAGCCAGCCAAACUGCAUCAGUGAAUACAUUGUAGAAAGAAGAGAUUAAAGUUUUUAGGAUUCACGCUACCAAAUCAAUAAAACUGGCCUUUAAAAAUGAUAUAUGUUGCUUUUGCCUUAAUUCUCCAUGGUUUAAUCAAAAUGGAGACUUCAUUAGGUUCUGUUACUCCAGAUGGAAAACAUGCUGCUUUGCUGCUGUGUGUUUGCUGAUCGAGAGCAUUACUCAGUUUAUCCAGUUCAGUUUUGCUUAGCGUUGUAAUCUGUUAUUGCCAAGACCAAACUUGAAUAUAAAUAAUUAAUCUGAUGAAGGGAUUUAGAUGCGGGAUUGCCAUAGCCGAUUGCAGAGGUAACUUUUUAAUGUUAAACCUAUUGGGGAUCAUAUAAGAUUUUGUGUUUGGUUUAUCUGAUGUGGGGAGGAUUUUUUUUGUAUUUGUUUGGGAGGUUUGUAAUAUGUUGGAGUCUGAUUUUUAUAGAAUCUUGCAGUCUGGACUAUAUUUGUAAUCUAUCUAGAAUAUAAGAGAGAAUGUGUUAAAGUUUUUAUGCUUUAGAUUUUGGCCUUUGAAUUUAGCCGUGGCAGAGAAGAAAUGAUCAGAAACCAUGAUCUAAUGGGGUGUGCGGGGAGGAGUCUAGUUGAUCCUUUGUGACACCAUGUUCCAUUUACACCACCUUUUCCAUGUAAACUUUGCACAUUUGGAGUGCUGUAGCUUUAGGUGGGAGGAAGAUGUCAAAUAGGGGGAAGCCUAUUCUAUGCAGUGUCAUUCCUCAACUCACCUGUUGGAUCUCAUGAUGGGUAUUUGUGAGACUUCAGGAUCUUGUGAAGCCUUUCUAAAUAAAGUGAGCAAUAAGG